AUGGCCUUCCGCCAGCCCUUAAGCAAGCUCCCGGAGAGCAUUGCUCGAAACCUAUCCUCGACUCGAUUGCCGCAAGCCUCAGCCUCAUUGACCCUCACAAAGCGGACGCCGGCACGCUCCCGUUCUUUGACAACCCAUGCGCACCCAGUCACACAAGAUGCGACAGGGUCCAAGGGCCCCACUGCCAUGGUCUUCCUCAACAUGGGCGGUCCAUCGACGACUGACGAAGUUGAGAGCUUCCUCAGUCGGUUAUUUGCCGAUGGCGAUUUGAUUCCUCUCGGUCGAUUACAAAACUAUCUCGGACCCCUCAUCUCCAAACGCCGGACCCCGAAAAUUCAACAACAAUAUGCCGCUAUCGGUGGCGGAUCUCCAAUUCGCAAAUGGUCCGAGCAUCAGAAUGCCGAAAUGUGCAAGAUUCUAGACGAGAUAUCUCCCGAAACCGCACCGCACAAACCUUACGUCGCUUUCCGCUAUGCCGAUCCAUUGACCGAGGAGAUGUAUCAGAAACUCCUUGACGAUGGGUUCGGUAAUGGCCGAGGCGGUCGCGCUGUCGCCUUUACGCAAUAUCCACAAUACUCUUGCUCUACGACUGGAAGCAGUUUGAAUGAGCUUUGGAAGUGGAGGCAGAGGCUAGAAGGCAAGCCCGCGAGGGAGGCGGGCUUGGACACAAGCGGGACUAUCCAAUGGAGCGUCAUCGACCGGUGGCCCGCCCAUUCUGGAUUGGUUGAGGCGUUCGCGCAAAACAUUGAAGCCAAGCUAGCAGAAUAUCCAGAGGAGCGCCGAAAGCAUGUCGUUCUUUUAUUUUCUGCACACAGCUUGCCAAUGUCGGUAGUGAAUCGAGGCGACCCAUACCCGGCCGAGGUUGCGGCCACGGUCUACCACGUUAUGCAACGCCUGAACUUCUCCAAUCCCUAUCGACUCUGCUGGCAGUCUCAAGUUGGACCCCAGCCAUGGCUCGGGCCUCAAACUGCAACGACUGUAGAAGAAUACGUAAAGAGGGGAAAGAAGGAUCUCGUCCUAGUGCCUAUUGCCUUUACUUCGGAUCACAUCGAGACGCUUUAUGAGCUUGAUUAUGAAGUAAUCGGAGACUCGGGCCAUCCGGAGACUGUGAAGCGAGUGGAAAGUCUCAACGGAAGCCCCGUCUUCAUCAGGGCCCUUGCGGAUCUUGCCAAGGAGCAUCUUCAUGGCGGCCACGUCUGCUCGCCUCAGAUGGUGCUGCACUGCCCCGGAUGCAAGAGCGAAAGUCCCGCGUCGCUGGGGAUGAAGCGAGCCCGCCAGAAUGAAGCACCUUCGACCAGACCUGCUGCACCGCGAACGGUUGGUGGCUUCAUGAUGGACGCCGACUCUGACGACGAAAUCGAGGAUCCUCAGCCCUUACCCAAGAAGCGUAUGGUUGAGCCGCCGAGGAAGACAAGAGAUGCCAUAUCCUUUUCUCUGCCCACAGACACGUUAGAAUUCCAGAGUCCGUUCGCCAGGGAUUCGCAACAGCAAGAUGCACAGCUAGAGUCCCUCGAUUUCCCGACACAACGUGAGACCGAUCGGCUUCAAUUCAGCCAAAUAUCCCAGUUUCGAUCCAACCUCAUGAGCGCGACGCGAACAUAUAGGCUUAAGACGUGCGGCGGGCAAACCGCAGCCAUCGGAUUGCGCAAACAAAGUGCGCCUGUCUCAUACGAGAGCAUGGUCUCCGCGCGGUCGAAGACGAAGGAGGGGCGAGCAAAGCGCGCGUAUUAUGGAAUUGAGAUUCAUGAUUUGGUCCGACUGGCAUCCCUUGAGAUCAAGAACCAACAGGAGAAGGGCCCCACUCCCACUCUACCUCACCCUUGCGCUACAUCUGUCAUCACUACUGCUCAACCCACGGGCAAGAAGUCAAAGAAGACUUUGUUAUGGACUGAAAAAUACAGGGCCCGAAAGUUCACGGAUCUCUGCGGCGAUGACGGGACAAAUCGCCUGGUCCUGAGGUGGAUUAAGCGUUGGGACCCUAUCGUCUUCCCCGGCUCGGCCAAGCCCAAGCCCAAGAAGCCACUCUUCGCGUCACACAAGCCCGGAGAUCAAGAACCGGAGCAUGAGAAGCCGCACAAGAAAAUUCUGCUUCUUACGGGGCCUCCAGGUCUUGGAAAGACAACACUUGCUCACGUCUGCGCAAGGCAGGCCGGCUACGAGGUCGUAGAAAUCAACGCAAGCGAUGACAGGAGCAAGAACGUGGUUAACAACCGCAUCCGCACCAGUCUGGGGACGGAGAACGUGAAGACUGUUACUAAUAGCAAGCGGCCUGGGGAUAAACCGUCGAGGCCUGCUCGACCCGUUUGCGUCAUUGUCGACGAGGUUGACGGGGUGACCACCGGAUCUGGCGCCUCUGGAGAAGGCGGUUUCAUCAAAGCCCUUGUGGACCUUGCCCUGCUUGACCAGAAGAACUCCUCGACCACGGAGAAAUUGGAGACUACGAGUCGACGCCGAAAAAAGGGUGAUGAUUUCCGGCAGAGACGGCCUCUUAUCCUAAUUUGCAACGAUGUCUAUCAUCCUUCUCUUCGACCGUUGCGUCAAUCGGGCCUAGCUGAGAUUAUCCACGCCGGAAAGCCCUCUAUUGAUGCCGUCGUAGGUCGUUUGACACUAGUUUUUGAGAAGGAGGGUAUCCCUUGUGAAAAAGAUGCAGCAAGGAAACUUUGUGAAGCCGCCUGGGGUAUGUCCAGUGGACUCGAUACGAGACGCGGCGCAGAGAGUACCGUGCAAGGUGACUUGCGAGGUGUCAUGGUCGUCGGGGAAUGGGUGGCUGGAAGGUUCAGAAAUAUGCCCGACGACGGUCCUAAGCUCACAAGACACUGGGUUGAGAAACACGUCCUGCAAGAUCUAACGAACGGCGGCGCCGGCGCACGCGGGAUGGGCCGUGGCGGCGUGAAGGAUAUCGUUACCAGGGUAUUUCAAGAAGGCGCAGGCUUCCCUCGCCAGGCCCUAAAGACUACCCAAGACGCCCACCUUCGCCACGAGCAGCCAAAGGAACAACUCGGGUUUUCCGAGCUUCACAAGAGGAGCGGAAUGGCAAUGCUUCGGCAGAUGGUGGAGACGAGUGGAGAUAUUGACCGCGUCAUGUCGGACAUCAUUUCCGAGUAUCCCAAUCAUGAGUUUAAUGACGACUGUUACCUCACCAAGCCUAACGAGGCGUACGAUUGGUUGCAUUUCCUCGAUUCUUGCUCGACGAGGCUCUACUCUGGCCAAGAAUGGGAACUUGCUCCGUAUCUCAGUCAGCCCGUGCUCGCUUGCCAUAACCUAUUCGCAUCCCCUAUCCGUGCCUAUGGGUCGACAUAUGAUCACAAAUGGGGUGCCGAUGACAAAGAAGAACCACAGUCACGAUUUUCAGGACCGCGUGCGUCGUACAAUGCCCACGAGUCGGAGAAACACAACAGGAGCAUGCUGCAAGCGAUGCAAGGGGAGUUCACUCCCACUUUGGCGCGCUUAUUCCGAAGCCCUGAGGAUAUGGCUACAGAGUUCAUCCCCUACCUCGUCCGGAUGGUUUCGCCAGCCGUCAAUCCUGUCGUUGUGGGAGGCGGAGGCAUCAAGGGAACGAGCACGGCCAGUGUCCGCAAGGAUAGCGAGAAAAAGAUGGUCCGACGCGCCGCUGAGGUAAUGGCAGAAGUCGGCAUUGCCUUGCAGAAGGGUCGACUCGAGGGCGAGGCAAUGUCAAGCCGCGGGCCGCAGUUUGUUUACCGAAUGGAACCAGACUUGGAUGAACUUGCCGACUUCGAGACUCUUUCCCGAACCUCCUUGACAUCCCACGUCCCCACCCGAUAUGCCGUCCGUCAAGUCCUUGACCAAGAGCUUCUUAAAGUCUCAGUCGCGAGAGCCGAAGCCGCCAGGCAAGCCAGGUUCCAAGAUGCAUCCCAGCCUGGUCAACAAAACGCGACAACCCCAGCGCCUCUCAUCACUGCUUCGAGUAACAAGGAGAACAUAGAUUCCGGAGAGAGCACGGUGCCUGAAGCUAAAGUCAAGCGAGACUUCUUCGGUCGAAUAAUCAAGGAGUCCGCGCCGCUAAAGGAGAGAGACGUGAACCGCGGCAGCUCAGGCAGUAGCCAGAGCAAAGUGAAGGUGUGGGUCAAGUAUAACGAAGGACUCAAUAAUGCGGUGCGACGGCCGAUUACGUUGAACGAUUUCAUGAAGAUCUUGUAA